AUGCAAAAUUUUGACAGUGAAGGCUUUGUGUUCUUUUGGGGAUGGGUGUUUCUUACGACAACCACGCUAGUAUUAAUUUUCAAAAAGGAAGUAGAUCACUCAGUUGAACCUGCCAAUGAUGGUGAAGAGGUUCAGUUGGGAAUCGUAGACACAUAUACCGUCUUGUGGAAAAUAGUGCGUUUGAAGCCGAUGCUCUGGAUGCUUGUGGUAUUGCUGACUGGAAAAUUCGCAUUUGCUGCUACAGAUGGUAUGACAGGUUUAAAACUUAUUGGAAUGGGUAUGCCAAAGGAUAAGCUUUCCAGUAUGGCUGUGUUUUUGACUCCACUACAGAUAUUUUUACCAUGGAUGAUUGGGAAAUAUACAGCCGGGCCACGCCCUUUAAAUAUUUUCCUUCUUGCAUAUCCUUAUAGAAUAUUUAUGGGGGGUGUGUUUGCCGCGUUAGUAUGGUGGACUCCUUCGUUUCGUGUGCCAGAUGGUGACUAUCCGCUGAUCUUGUAUGCUAUCUGGGUUGUUGGUUAUUGUUUUCACCAAGUGGCAUCGUACUGCAUGUUUGUUUCCAUGAUGGCAUUCAACGCGCAGAUCUCAGAUCCGAAGAUUGGUGGGACGUACAUGACUCUACUAAAUACACUCAAUAAUCUUGGUGGGAACUGGCCCGUAACUCUAAUCCUUAGUCUCACGGACUAUUUCACGUUUAAGAAUUGUGUUGCAAAGGGCACUAAGAAUGUUCUGUAUUCCUGCAAUACCAAAACAAUGGCAGAUCAGUGCUCCAAAGGAGGUGACGUGUGCGAAAUGGCUGUUGAUGGUUAUUAUAUUGCUGUGGCACUUUGUUCAGUAGUUGGUGUGAUUUGGUAUAGAGUGCUAUUCCCAAGGAUAAAGUGUUUCCAGAAACUACCGAGAAAAGAGUGGAGUGUAAUGAAAAAAUGA